UUCUAUUUUUGACUUAUAUGCUUGUGUACGUCAUUAGUAGUUUCUGUUUCCUAUGGUCUGCCAAGACCCACAGUAAACUGAAGCAAACUGCAAAGCCAAAGAGUAGCAGAACACUGAUAGGGCAACUGCCUUCUCCCACUCACUUUCUGGGAGUGGGAGAGAUAAACAGCUCUUACUUUGCUGGACUCCUGUAAACAUGGCUACAAGUGAGGAAUUUUGCAUGAAACCGUCGUUAGGGGGUGUAGCUACUGCACUCUUGCAUGAAAAAUGUGGCAAACGUGCGAUAGCUACCAGUGAUAUAUUUCUCAAAAUUUAUGUUAAAUACUAGCUACUCUGGAUAAAGCUGGACAUGUAUAUACCACACAGAAGAAUAGUAGUCAGGCACACUCACAAGUGAAAAAUAUGA